UGAGGGAAUAUGCUUCAACAUCUAGAAUAACUUCAUAUUUAAAAAGUACAUCUGAUGUAGAAUUCAGUUCUAAUUGGAAACCAUUCUUGGAUUAUAACAUUAUACAUAGAUUUGUACUACACCCCCAAUUUGGGCUUUUCUAUAUUUUUCUACAUAAAGUCUGCAUUUUAAUUUUAUGGAAAAUUGAAUUUCUAGUAUUGAUUUAAUGUAUUGUAGUUUGUAGUUUUAGUUAGUGAUUUAUAUUGUGUUAACCAGGGUUAGGGUUUUUACAGUAAGAGUUACAAAACAUGUUUUAAGGUGAUAUAUGUAAAAUAGACUUAGCUUCAGAUAGUUAAUCUUAGUAAAAGUCCAUGGAAUUAAGAUCAGAUAAGCACUGAAUGGCAAACUAAAAAUUUUGAACAGUUAUGCUGUUGUUUUUUUCCUAUGUAGGAGCAAUGGCAGGCGCUGGAGAGCGCAAAGGAAAGAAGGAUGACAAUGGGAUUGGCACAGCUAUUGAUUUUGUGUUGUCCAAUGCUCGACUUGUACUGGGAGUGGGAGGUGCUGCUAUGCUGGGGAUUGCUACCUUGGCUGUCAAACGGAUGUAUGACAGAGCAAUUAGUGCUCCAGCCAGCCCCACUCAUUUAAGCCAGUCAGGAAAGAGAAGCUGGGAGGAACCAAGCUGGCUUGGGUCAUCAUCACGAUUGCUGAACCAAGACAUGAAGACAAAUCUUAGCCGUUCUCUGCAGACUCUUCCCACUGAUGCUUCAGAUUUCGAAAUAGAUUCAAUCAAACCUAUGAAACAUAAAUCACCUGCCAAGAGAAGCCAGGUGGAAUUAAAGAAAUCUCGCCUUCGGAUGUCCUUGCAAGAAAAGCUAUUUGUUUAUUACCGGAGAAAGGUGGCUAUCUCCGCAGAAGAACAGAUCAAAGCCAAGCAAGCUGCUGUGGAUAUCUGUGCUGAAUUACGUGGUUUCCUCCGUGCCAAGUUGCCAGACAUGCCUCUGCGUGAUAUGUAUCUGAGUGGUAGCCUCUGUGAUGAUUUACAGGUUGUGACAGCUGAUCACAUCCAACUCAUUGUUCCUCUUGUGCUGGAACAGAAUUUAUGGUCAUGCAUUCCAGGUGAAGAUACCAUCAUGAACAUCCCUGGCUUCUGCCUAGUACGUCGGGAAAACCCAGAAUAUUUUCCUCGUGGUAGCAGUUAUUGGGACCGCUGCGUAGUGGGGGGUUACCUCUCACCCAAGGCUGUGUGUUGUACCUUUGAGAAAGUAGUGGCCGGCUCCAUCAACUGGCCAGCAAUUGGGACCCUCCUAGACUAUGUGAUCCAUCCAGCAGCACCCUUAGAAUCUCUAACUUUGGAGGUCCAGUAUGAACGGGAUCGGCACCUUCUAAUAGACUUUUUACCAUCUGUGACACUAGGUGAUACUGUAUUGGUAGCCAAGCCACACCGACUGGCCCAAUAUGAUAAUCUAUGGAGACUGAGCCUUCGGCCAGCAGAAACAGCUCGCCUUCGGGCCCUGGACCAAGCUGACUCUGGUUGCCGUUCUUUGUGCCUCAAGAUCCUCAAGGCCAUAUGUAAACUGAACCCUACGCUGGGUCGUCUUUCUGCCAGCCAGCUCACCAAUGUAGUACUACAUCUGACCCAAGAAGAAACUGAUUGGUCACAAGAUGCAGUAGCUGACCGUUUUCUUCAGGCAUUGAGAAAACUAAUCGGCUAUUUGGAAGAAGGAGUUCUUCCCAGUGCUUUAAAUCCCAAGGUGAACUUGUUUUCAGAGCUUACUGCUGAGGAAGUGGAUGAAUUAGGCUAUACCCUGUACUGCUCACUUUCAGAACCAGAAGUCCUAUUGCAAAUAUAAUAGCUGCCUUAAGAGUGAGGUUAGUGUUAUAGAAUUACUUGCCAUGACAGUUUCUCUUCUGAGUGAGUUAUGCACAUCUUGCCCUGGUUAUUUUGCAAGUCUGUCUCUGUAUUUUUAUUGUUAUUAAAUGGGAUGGGGGGUAGAUUUCUUGGUGCUACUGGUCUAGUUCCACUACUCUCAAGGAACUGAAGGAAGAAGCAACUUUGAAGAGCUGCUCAGUUUGCUAUAAGGUCCUUGUUGAUGUACCCGCUGCUGGAGUCCCGACAAUAUGUACCCUAUUUUCCCUAUUUCGCUCUAUACCUUGCUGCAGUGAAAAUUCUUACUCCCUCUUUCAAAAGUGUAGAAUUGCCACUAACAAUUUUAAGAACCACCUAAGUGGAAUGAGCUGUGUUCCUAUUGAUUGGUGAUUCUAUUUUUUCCCCUUUUCAUUCCAAAAGUGUUUGACAGAGAAAAUGUUUUCAGAGAAAUAUUUAUAGCAGGAUAUGUAUUUGUGAGUCCUGUACUUUGACUGUAUUUAUAUUGUCUAGAAAAGGUUUUUUAUUUUAAAAAAAUUGCAUGCUGCAUAAGUUUAUGUGACACUCAGAGUGACAAUAACCCCAUAUUUUGAAAAAACGGAGUGCAUAUUGACUAGGAUUUGCUGCUUUGCCAGACUGGAGUCCUUCACUGCACAUGCACAUGCAUAUGCAUGCACACAAGGUCCACAAUACACUCUUGUUUGAAAAACUGAUAGCAGAUUGCUAACUUAUGCAGAGGAAUGUAGGGAGCGUAAUUUCUCAUUCACUAUUAUUGAAAUUAUUUGUCUAUGUGUUAACUGCCUGAGAAAUUAGGAAAUGCUAGGGCAGACAAUCCACUCUGAGACACAGAGGAGGAAAUUUGAAAUUACGAUUCUUGAAUGAACACUAUGACUCUUGUUAAAAAUGUUGUGCCUUAAAAUCUUAUAAAGGGUACUUGAUAGAGGUGGAGGUAUGCAAAACUGAAGAGGGCAAAGAUCUUUUGGAUGGCAUGGCACCACUGCUGUACCUGGCAUUGGCAGUCACAGUGAGGUGCCCAGUCUGAAUUUGAAGUAUCUUUGCCCUUUUUAAUUCUGAAUACUUCAUACUACUAGUAUUUGAAAAUCAGGCCUUGAGCUUCAAUACAUUGGCCAGCUGGGGAACCUAUGGGUACUGAUGUGUGCCUCCUGAAGGUUUAGUCUAAAAAAUUAUUGGGCAUAGGCAGUUACAAAAAAAUAACACUUCUGGAGGAAAGCAAAAUAGUUUGAGUGAAAAAUAUUUAUUACAUUGUCUUUAUACAUUUAAAGGAGGUGGCAUACUAUGCAUUUAACCAAUUUGAUCCAGUUGUAUUCAUGAAGCCAUCAGCACAUCUUCUCUUAUGUGGUAUUCCAUGCAUAGGUUAUAUAUAACCCUGUUCUUAAUCUCUGCCCAUUCCCUGAAAUAACGAUACACCAUGUAGGGAGGAGCCACAAUAACGGUAUCUCCUGCUUUGCAGAUGCAAGCAUGGCAUGGUGAACAUGUAAUCUCAGGAAUAUAUGGUUUGUUGAUCCUGCUAUCAUCUGAUGCUUCUUCCAUCUCUCCCCCCACCCAAGGAAAAAAAAGAUAGGAGGUGCUCUAAGAGAUGAGACUGUCAUACCUGCAUAACAGGUGUUACAGUCAUACAUAUGUAAUUCGGAGGGUUGUUACCUUGUUUCAAAUAUCCACCCUUAACAUUAAAAGGAACAGUGGAUAAUGAGAUAAUUUCAAGUUUUAGGAGCCAGAAAUAAGCCUCCCCCAUAUUCUUUCUCUUGAAAGUGGUGCUUGCAAAGGUUAUGUAUGCUUAGGACUGAUCUGAAAGAGGGUUUUGGUCCUUGUUUGCACAGAAUCAUCUGAUAUUCAUUAAAGUAGCCAGUUCUUUUUCAGGGUGCUACUUAAAGAGUUGCAUUGACUUUAAUGAGUGGAAUCCUUAAAGUAGUGGCAUUUUUUUUUUUUUUUGCAGGGGGAAAGCCUAUGAGGAAGCCUGAAAAACAAAUUGGUUAUUUUAAUGAAUAGCAGAGAACUGCUGUGUUCGUGCAAUGUCCGAAAUGCUUCCUUCAAAUCAUUUUCAAAGCAUGUAUAGCCCUAGUGCAUGUUAAGAUAAUCUUCAGUAUAAUUCUCAUGUGUUGCUAUGGAGAGUACACCAUCUUUCAUGGUCUUUUGCGAUUAGAUUGUCUGCUACAGAUGGUAUAUAUUGCAUGGCAAUGGAACCAGUGUUGUCCUAAUUUCAGUUUCCGUCUUCCAGCCAAAGACAUAGAAAGUUGUCCAUUGAGUGCCUGGCAAUUUGUAGCCUGGAAAACACCUGGUUUUUCUUUUUCUUUUUACUGACUAAUGUAGUUUUUCCAGAAUACAUUCCUCUCCAUUCUCAAACUUUCUGCUAUAUGUGUUGAUGAGCAACAUACAGACUGUAUGUGGCUGGAGACACUGCUGUGAAGCCCAUUUUUCUCCCCCUUUGCUACCUUUUUCCUUUAGUCCAUUAAUCUAUUGCUGGCUUAUGACAGGAAAGCAAAUGAUAUCUGAGGUAAGAAUUAGAAGAGUCCAGUAGCGUUCCCACGUAUCUAAUAUAUUAUUACUUUAAAAAGAACAAGCAUUGCAGAAACAUUUAUUAGAAAAUUUUAACUAUGUCCUGUUAUGAGGUUGAAUAUAUAUUGUAUGUAGUUUUAAGCUACUAUCCCUGUUAAGUAAGAUGCCAUUUUGAUUUUUUUUCACUUUCAUCUCUUUUAACUGUUAUUUCCUACAAAGUAAUGAUGGUUUUUUUCCUUUGAAGUAUGUAAAAAGGAUUUAAGCCUGUUUCAUAAUAAGGCUAAUAUUAAUAACUCCACACAGCAAAUUGCCACUGCCAUCAGUGCAAAAUCCAAAGCUGAAAUAAAUGUGUUUACUCUUCAUUUCUGUUGAGGGUAAUACACCUUGCACAAUGUUUGUGUAUCAGGUUGUGUGGGACAGCUGUAAAAUCUUCCCUAGAAAAUUCAGUCUGAAGAAUUAGUAAUCUUAAACUUACCAGUAUUCAGUUAAGCUGCAUGUGACAAUUUCCUAGUUGCUACUGGGGCAGGUUUAGUUUUAAGCUCAAGGUCUGUAAAAUAAUCAGAACAGAGUAAGAUACUGAUAGUGUGAAGUACAACACAGGCCAUUUUUCUAAAUCACAGGGGAAGUGGGAAGCCAAUGGCAACAGUGAUGGUCUCAAGCCAAGGAGCCCAAGUCUGCUCAUCUUGGAACAUAGGUGUCAAAUCAAUCAGUAGGAACUGCAGUUAAGACCAGCCAGCUGAAUAAUACAUUUGGUUGUCUUCGCUUGGCACUGCUGACCUCCAGAGUCUGAUGGAAUUCUUAACAUGAGAAUUAUGUAAUCAUAUAUGUAUGUAUGUAUGUAUAUCUAUAUAUACACACAUAUUGAAAUGAAAUACCUGGGUCAUUUGCCCAAGCUGAAAUGUUAUAUAAGAGGGUUGGAAGAGAAAAGUCUAGUGGAUGGUCUGUGACAAUGUGUAAAAGUUGUGAAAUAAAAUAUUCCACAACCACAA